UAGGAGAAGGUGACUUUUAUACCUAGGAAUGAUUAGUCUACCCACCAAAGCUGAGUUUUUUUUUUUUUUUUCAAAAAGACUACAACUGACUUUUCAAAUCGUAAUCAUCUUAUCUUUGUAUUAAUAAAUGGAAAACGGGUGAGGAAUAAAUGAAGGAUUUGGGUUCCUCCAAGUAUAUAAGCAAGACCAGAGCACAUGCAGGCUUAGGAAAGACUCUGGUGAAAAUGGAGAAUAUAAGAGUGAAGCAUUUUGUGCCUUUUGUUUUGCUUCUUUGCUUGGCAAGAAUCUGUACUAAUAUUGUUGAAGCUGACCAAAUCUCAUCUGGGAAGAAGCAUUUUGUGCUGGUUCAUGGAGCUGGUCACGGAGCUUGGUGUUGGUAUAAGCUGGCAACUCUAUUGAACUCUACAGGUCACAAUGUUACAACUAUAGACCUUGCAGCAUCCGGUAUCAACCCGAUCCAGGUACAGCAAGUUCAUUCGUUCUCAGACUACGUUGAGCCAUUGAUCGAAUUUCUGGGGUCUCUGUUACCAAAAGAGAGGGUUAUCCUGGUUGGCCACAGCAUGGGUGGAGCCGUGAUAUCAAUUGCCAUGGAGAGGUUCCCUGAGAAAAUUGCUGUAGCUGUUUAUGCCACUGCUUUGAUGCCUGGUCCUGCUCUGAGUUACUUGACUAUUUUUGAGAAGAUUCAGGAAAGAUCGGUGUUGACUGACACUCAGUAUAGAUAUGAUCAGGGGGCCAACAAUCCUCCAACCUCGCUACUCUUUGGACCAAAACAAUUGUCUUCGAGACUGUACCAGCUAUCGCCACCGGAGGAUCUAGAACUAGCAUUGUCAUUGGUGAGAUUUUCCCCUCUAUUUAUUGAAGAAAUAAAACUCACUGAGGAGAAGUACGGAUUGGUUCCAAGUGUUUUCAUCGUGUGUGACCAGGACCUUUCAAUAGAGGAGGAUCUGCAAACGUGGAUGAUCAGGAAAAAUCCCCCAAAUGAAGUGAAGGUGAUAAAUGGUUCCGAUCACAUGGUCAUGUUCUCUAGACCAUUGGAGCUGUUCUCCAACCUCCUGAACGUUGCUGAGAAAUAUUCUUAAAGAUCUUGAUUACCUAGCUAGUUAUAAAUUACUAGUUAGAAGCCUGAAAUUCAUUAGUGUAUGAAUAAUUGAAGUAGAUUAGCUACCCUCUUUGGUGACUAUCUAUAUAUAUAUGUGUGUGUGCGCGCGCGCGAAAAUAACUUCUCAGAAAGUAAAUCACAUUUCUGGUGUAAA